UUUUUACAAAAUUUUCUUUUAUACAUUUCCAGAGUCGGAGAUCGGAUAGUGAACCUAUAAGUAUGAGUUAUUCCGAUGCGCCUUUGGAUCUUUCCCCCUUGAAACCAACAAAGGACGACAGCGGAAUUUCUGUUAAUAAUGAGAACGGUUACCAGAAUCUUAACGGUUCUCCUACAGUUUCCCAAGAAAAUGAUAUUCGAACAAAGGAGAAUUUUCCUUCAUCAGCCCCUCCUUCUCCAGGAGGAAGAAGUCGGCCAAGCUCCUUCAACAAAGACAUCAGAUUUAAAAAUUUAUUGGUAAUUCCACCUUCUGGGCCUUUUGUGAACCUCAGCCCAAGACCUUUAAGACGGGCGUUGUCAGCGAGAGGACUCAAUGAUUUCAAUGCAGGGUCCAUGAGCCCAAGGGUUCGGAAGAAUACGGGAGGAUCAGGUUUCAGUAUUAACGGAGAUUUCUAUGGAGACAGUAUUUCUGCGGUCAAUGUGCCUGUAGGAACAGAUGUAGGAAGCAGGCACAAAGAAAGGCCUGGAUUAUCUAUACUAAUGAGUGGUAUUUAUGCAGUCUUCUUGGCUAUGCUUGGUGCCAUUAUAUACAUUAAUGAUCAGCACAGGGAGCACAGAAUUCUUUCAGAGGCUUUUAGCAUCACGAUAUCUGGCAUGGGAAUACUAUGGUUGCUUAUUUUUCACGUGGAUCUUUGCUUAUACAAAAGAGAAGUUUUGAAGCAAUUGAAAGAACGAGAGGAUGCAAUGCAAGAAGCAAGUGACAGGUUUAGCACAGCAACAGAAUUUAUUUUCAACACAUACGACUUCUCGUCACAAAAUGCUUCAGAUGAAAAGAAGUUCACACCUCCUCCUUACAGGUUUUUAAUGGGUAGACAUAGUGGAAGUUUUUAUUUGAAGAUUGGUUCCGCAGCAUUUUGCUUCGGAUAUCUAAUUUAUCAAGGCCUGCAAUUAGGACAGCACAUUUUGAACUUCGUCGAUGAUGAAAAAAAGCAUCUGAAUUGCUCUAGAACCUCAUCUGUAGUUCUGCAUAUUAUGGCACCAUUAUAUGCCUUUUACCAGCUAUUUAUUACUUUCAAAUAUUCGAACAUCGUUAUCAACCGCAUGAAAAGUCUAGCAAGGUUUGGCAUAAUGCAUCUCAUCGCAACAUGCCUAUGCAACUGGUUUAGCACUAUAGUGGAAGAAGCAGUUGAAGAUUAUAAUCAUAAGAGUGGCAAUCUGACUAAUGAUACCCCAACAUCCGAAUUUGAUAUUGCAAGCUUCCACAUCACAGUGCAUAGAAGAGAGAACUGGAUUAAUCCAUACCACUGUCGAGAAGAUUCCGUGCUUUCAACGCGAUCAAUGAGCCUCAUACCUUACCUAUACCCAUUUGCAAUCGAAUAUAAUCUGCUUCUGGCUGGAGUUUGGUUUAUAGUUUGGCAUAACAUUGGCAAAGAACACAUGAAUUCAAAUCCUCAUCAUUUACGGCAUACUAUUUCACAAGACGAAUGUGGGAGCGAUGAAAUUGCUUACCAGAGCAAUUUAGUUAUUAAUGCUGAUUGUCAUUCUGCAAAUAAAGGCCUAUUUAUCGGCCUUUUCCUACUACUUACAAUUAUAGUUACAGUUAUCGUUUUCUUCGUUGCUAUGUCUACACAUGGAUAUGAGGAGAAAGCAGUAUCAAUACAUACCGGACAAGAAGGCAUACUAACAGUAAUUGGACUAGUUUCAGUUUGUGUUGCCUUCUACCAGAUCCAUAAGCUUGACAUAAGUGAACAUCCUAUAACAUUCCUUGACGAUGUUCUUUUAUUUGUACCACUUCCAUUUUAUUUCGUGCAUGGCAUUAUGUCCAUUAUGGCAGAAGUUGCAAAUCAAAAUUAUACCCGACUUGCAGUUCAUACUUUAGUUACUGUUCAAGUAGUAGUUCAAACACCUUUUAUUAUAGAUGGCUUAAGGAGAUGUAGCAAUUCUCAAAGUCUCCGAUACAAAAAACCAGGAAGGGAAGUAAUAACUUUCCUUAUCAUCCUAAACCUUACUUUAUGGGUUGUUAACACAUUUGAACUAAAAAGUGUUGAACACCAUCAUGGGCAAGAAGAAUACUUCGGUGAUCUCGUUUGGAUGUUCAUUGGGCAUACCACAUUACCCCUAAUGCUGUUUUAUCGUUUUCAUUCAUCAGUUUGCCUUGCAGAUAUGUGGAAAUCAGCUUAUGAAAAAGAAACUUCUCAAUAAUAAAACAGUUAAUUAGAGCGGUGAUAAUACUUAAGUAAAACUUGCUAUAUUGUUCGUAUGAUGAUAAUUAUGAUUCAUAUCCACAAUGCCGUAGACACACAAGCAUUUUCCCAUCUCUCCAUAUUUUUGUGUUAAAUAAAGAUUUUUAACUAAACCAA